UUCGCGCAUGCGUGGGACGAUCGGGUAUUCCGGUACCGUUCGAAUAGUAACAGUUACAACAACUCAUGCAAAACUCUACAAACUGUCAAAUGGAAGGAAGUUCAGAAUCUAAACUCCAGCUGCUUCGUAGCCGUAUCCAUGCGGUCCCAGACUUUCCGAAGAGGGGCAUUUUAUUCAGAGAUAUAUGCCCCAUCCUGAAGGAUCCCACUGCUUUGACGGCCGUUAUUGACCUGUUUGAAGAGCAUGUGAAAAUCAAUCGCUGGGAAGCCGAUCUGAUAGUAGGUUUGGAUGCUCGCGGUUUCCUAUUUGGACCUCUUCUUGCUCAGCGUCUGGGAAUUGGUUUUGUCAUGAUCAGGAAGAAAGGAAAACUGCCAGGAACUACUGUGUCUGUGGCCUAUGAUUUGGAGUAUGGCAAGGCAGAAGCAGAGAUCCAGGAGGAUGCAGUGUCUCCAGGGCAAAAAAUUUUGAUUCUGGAUGACCUUCUGGCGACUGGAGGUACUCUUUUUGCGGCAUGUGAGCUGAUGAAGAAACGACGUGCAGAGGUGCAAGGCUGCUUGGUAGUUAUUGAACUGACGGAGCUAAAAGGUAUCGACCGGCUGAAACCACACAGGGUCGUCUCUCUGGUUCAGUACUGAUCACAGGUGCGUGCCUGCCAUUCCAUGCCAUUUCAAGCAUACUUCACCGCACCAAAGUAAAAAAAAAGAAAAAGCCAUAUGGUUUUUAAAAUGUUAUUAAAAAAGUAAAAUGCUGCCCAUUCCUUUGUUUGAAAUGCACUGUGAUUUCAUAUUUUCUUUUAUGGGCUAACUGAAACUGUUGUAAAGAAUGUAGAGAAUCAAAUCAAAAGAAAGAGUGCAUUAGCAAUUGUUAAGAUACAUUUAUUAAUUCUUAACAUCAGUAGUAGAAUGUUGCAAGUACUAAUUCCUUGAAAUGCAGAGAAUUCAUCGCUAAUACUGUUUGUAGCUAAGGCCUUUAACUGCAUCUUGCUUAUUCCACAUGUCACUUAAAGUGUAUUUUAGCAAGCUUGUAAUAAUGUCAUCUACUGUAUUCAUCUUGUGUACACUUUAAAUAAAAGACAUGUAAUCCUU